AUGCCUUCGACUUGCAGGGCAAAACCCGCCCUCUUCCGGGGUCUGAAGCCCGUCUUUACCACACCACAACAAGCCUCGGCAACCAAGAAGAUCAUCUCAUCGGCGUGCUCGAGACCAUGUAUAUACUGCGACAUUUGGAAACUUGCCGCUCUGAUUGCAUCUCACUCACCCCUCUCGGCUCGUUACAACCUUUCAACUGGCACACCUACCAAUUCGCCCAUCUCUUCCGCUGCCUCCAGCCCAGUCUCGACAUCACCCUUGUCACGAUCACCCACGCCCUACUGUUCAAUCAUCAAGGCCUCCAAGAGAAUUGAUGCCCAAUUCCAGACUCAACGAUCACAGCUCAACUCGAUCUUGAGCAUCUGCGCCGUUGCGGGCGCCGAUGCUGAGGAGGGCCUCCGAAUGGCUCAUGACAGAUGUGCAUCGGCGGUUGAAGACCUGCUCGACCAGGAAGAGGAUCUCGAAGAAGAACUGCUCAAAAAUCUCGAGGACCAGCACUACGGCUGCCAUCGGUACAAUUACGCGUCCCAGUACAGCCAUCCCACAUCCUCGUACUCGCAAGAGCGAAGACCGAGCAUGGUGCGGGUCUCGCACUAG